GCCGAGACAAGUGUUUAACCUUCCUGCCUCUGGCUAUCUCCAUGAAUGCUUUCUCUCUCUAUACUCAGAAAGCUAAAAAGCAUGCGCUCUCUCUCUAGUGACUUUUCUUUAUUUUCACUCAUUCCCUGAAUUUUCGGCAUCAUUUUAGGACCCCUAUUGAGCAGUAACAUCAGCCUUCACUUAAACUCUCUCCUUCAUUCGCUCUCUCGUUUUCUUCUUCUUCUUCUUCUAUGAUCCUUCAGUUUCAUUCAGUGACUUAUAACUUCAACGAAACUAAAAUCUUUUCAAGUUUUUCUUUGAUCAUGCAAGAUUUUUUUUCUGGAGGAUUGGGAUAUGGAGGAACUCGCCUGGAUCCUUUUGUGUAAGCAAUGAUUUGAAAUUGGUGAUUUUUGAAUUUGCUUGAUAGUGGAGCGAGCAGUGAUGGAGGAAAGGAAGUUGAAUUUCAAUGUGCCGCUUUUGUCAGUUAGGAGAUCUUCUACUCCAACAAAAUCUUCAAAUGGAGCAAAUAGGGAAAAAUUCGAAAACUCCCACCUCAAUAGACGCCAGACUCUUCGUUCUCAUAAUUCGGAUUUCAAUUUAGAUCAAGUAACAGAACCAGUUGCAAUUCCUUUUCAUUGGGAACAGAUCCCUGGCAGGCGCAAGGAAGCUAGCAUGCAUGUUCCUCGGGGCCGAAAGGAGGCAUUUGUUACUCAAAGGGCAUUGGAUGUUAUCAGGAACAUUAAGGGAAAGAAACCUCAAGAUCAAGAUGUGUUUAGGCAUCAAAAUGAAGCAAAUUCUUUCGAGAAUGUUGUUGUGAGUGGAUUGGAUCGUUUGAAGGAGGGAGUGAAUGAGAAAGCAGGCUUCAAUUCAGAGAACGAUGGUGACAAUGAUAAUCAUGAUGAUGUUUACUCUGAUGCACUAUACACAUUGUGUCCUACGGAUUCGUCCUCUGUGAACUGUAGUGUAAGCGGUGUGAGUGGGUUUGAUAAUCAGGUUGUGAAGCGAUCAGGAACAUUCUCCACUGAUCCACAAACCCGAGACUUCAUGAUGAGUCGCUUCUUGCCUGCUGCCAAGGCAAUGACAUUGGAGACACCUCAUUAUGCUUCAAGAAAGCAGCCUGUAUCAGCUGAACAGCCUAGGCAGAUUAUGAAGGUUGUUCAUCCAGAUAGGAAAGCUCCUGUUAAUCGAAAUGAAUCUUUAAAUGCCCUACCUUAUGGCCAGGAUAUAGAAGAUGAAGAAAGUGAAGAUGAAUGUGAUGAUUGUACUGAUUCUGGCAGUAUAGCAACCAAAGGCUGUGGUAUGCUUCCUCGGUUAUGCGUAAGGAAUUCUUUGAGCCUCUUGAAUCCUGUUCCUGUGAUCAAAGUUAGGGCCCACGCUUCGAUGUCUUCCACCCGUGACGAUAUUAAAAAACUGAGUAAAGCAGCUUAUGCCAGGUCUCAGAGUCCAUCAGUAAAGAAGCCUGCCAAGGAUGCUGUUUAUAAACAAAAUCUAGACAAUGAAAUUCGAUCACCUAAGCUUGUAGGUGUUGAGAACAAGCUAAGUUGUGGAUCCAAUCGGUUCUCAUAUACAAGUGACCGGCAAAUGAUAAGUCGGACAUCUCCUUUUAGGCGAUCAGGGGGCAUAUCUCCUUACCGCAAUCAAGCACCUCAGUCACCCUUCCGUGGAGGGGGAUUUUUGGGCAUCCCUAAAGAACUCGAGGAUUUGAAAGCUAAUAAAUUGAAUUUUUAUAGCAAAGUCUACAGUAAGUCUCAGGAACUAGUAUCUUAUCAUGGGAUUAGACGAGGAUCUUGCCCUGUGACCCCCCCUGUUGAGAAGACAUUGUAUGUCGAUACUGUAAAUGUGGCUGGAUUAUUGUGUUCAAAUUCAGCUUCCUCUGAAGUCAAUAAGAGGGGUUUUGUGGACUCUGGAGAAAAGGAUCUUAAAUCUUUGUUAAAUAGCAGAGAAAUUCAAGAAACUGCUGCAAUAGAAUCUUUUUCUGAAGACACGAAACGCCUGAAUCUUCCUGGGGGAAUGGGUAAACUGGAACACAAGUGCUUGGAGUCUGGUGAAGCUGAUUUAUAUCUUCUCUCAGACAGGUCAUCUCACAAAGGCAAAGCAGACAGGUCUGAGAACUUAUCUCAGGAAUCAAAGGCCUUAGUAUGUGCAAGUACAACCUCAGAAGGAAAUCUAAAUAUUGAUAGCAAUCAGAUUUCAAACAUUGAUUCUCAAAAUGCAAAAACCAAUUUAGUGCAGACUCCUCUUCCCCCACUUCUACCCAAAACUCCUUCGGAAUCUUGGCUUUGGCGUACCCUGCCUUCAAUUUCGUCUCAAAAUCUGCCAUGGCAUUUACACCAAGGCACCAGUUUCCAGAGUAAGCAGGAGGAUCCUAAGACAUCCUCUACUAGUUCCAAAUGGGAAAAUAUUGUAAAAUCAUCCUAUUUGCACAGUGAUCAUGUACGCUAUUCUGAGGAAUUAUUUCCUCAUGCUUCUCAGCAAUCUAAAAGUUAGAGACUUGAAGGGCUUUUCUACAUAACAUUCUCCAGCAUCAAUGUUUUGUUUGGAUUUUUCUAUAGAAUGCUCAAACACAGUUCAAAUCUUCAAGCCCCUAUUUUUUUUCCUGGGGAAAUGAUCCUUACGUUGCUUAUUCUUCUACAAUGGAAGGUGGAAUGCAUUUGUUCUUGUUUCUUGUUUAAGUUUUGUAAAUUGGCAUUGCCUUGAAUACUUGCACUGAUACAGGGGUGAAGCUCUGGGAAAUUAGGAAUAUCACACCAUUAGAAUACAUGAAACAUUGUUAAAUGUUUUCAUCAUCAAUUCUCGUCUUGGGAUCCUUUGAUAUUUGUGCUUCACAGGUUGGUUUGGUGAUCAAUCUGAUAUACCUUGCUCUGAUGAUGGCAAUCAUUGCCAUAGCAAGCAUGGAAUACCCAAACUCAUAAAUUAGUUUCCCUGGGGCUCUUGGCCUUCAAAGUUUAAAGCAAUUUUGUUUGACCUUUGACAUGGGAGUAGUUUGAAAUAUUUAUCUGCGACUGGAGUUGGAGUUUAUGUGGGAUUAUAUAUGCCGUAAUGAGGUUGUGUGUAUUUUUAUAUAAUUGUGUAUUUCUUAUUUUAAGGGAUCACCUCUGUUUCACUUC